AUGGUGCUGGAGGCGCUGCGGCCGCGGGUGGUGCGCUGGGCGCUGCUGGCCGCCUUCACCGCCGGGGUGGUGGUGGGCUGGCAGGCGGGCCGGGCGCGCCGCCGCUUCCUGCGCUGGCGGCAGCGAUACCUCCAGCGCCGCCUCGCCGCCGCGCAGGAGAAGCUGGAAGCGGCCUGAGCGCUGGCACCGCGGCCGGGCCGCCCCUGCCACCGGGCUCCUCCGCCUCCUCCGCCUCCUCCGGACCUCCGGUGGGCGCUGCCUGAGCUGCUGGGAACGGGUGAAGCGCUGCUGGGGAAGGACAGCGUCCCUGGGAUAGCAGGUCUGCCGGCUGGACAGAAUCCGUGGAAUAGGAAUGCUGCCAGAGAGGACAGCAUCCAUGGAAUGGCAGGACUUCUGCCCUUCGCAAAGCAAGAUCCCAAACUGUGUGAGACUAAUUUAACAAAGAAUUGAGGAUAUGCAAGCAGCGAUCCCAAACCUGGAAUGGACUGCUCAGGGAGGUUUGGAGUCCCUGUCCCUGCAGGUGUUCAAGGAACAACUGGACGUGGUACUCAGUGCUCUGGGCUGGGUGACAAGGUGGGGAUCAGUCAUGGGUUGCACUCGAUGAUCUCGGAGAUCUUUUCUAACCUCAGCGAUUCCAUGAUUCUCGCAUUUCCAUAUUCCAGAGGGUUGUCUGCACUUGUCCAGCUCUAAGCCUGCUGCUCUGACCUUGCCAGGAAGCGCUGCCAACACAAUAAACUAGCAAAAGUCAUCA